AUGGCUAAAUUUUGUAACCCAAGUAUGAAUAAACAAGAUUUGAUGAAUGCUGCAAACAAAAAAUGGCAAAAAUAUAAGAAAGAAUCUGAAGCAACAAUUAAAAAUCAAAUUAAUCAAUAUUUAAUUGCUAGUCCAUCUAUUGUUCGAACAACCACCUUUUUUUUACUACCCAGUUUACCCAACAUACAUAGUUUAGAAUCAUCAACUUCAAAUUCAGCUAGUUCAAGAUUGUUAGCUCCAAAUUCAAGCUCUUUAUUAUUAGUUGAAAUACCUAUUAUCAUCUCCAAUACACUAGCUCAACACAAAUUUUUAAU